AUGCGUUUACAAACCGUCUUGUCGGUGCUAUCGACGGACCCUUCUCUUCCGACCAUCCAAGGUCAACACGUUCUCGACUUGAGCGAGAUCGGGUGGACAGUGAGCAGCACGGCGCUGAAUAGAAUUGUGCCUGGCCAUCUGCCUUCUCAAGUGCAUCUGGAUUUAUAUGCGGCUGGAGUCAUUGGUAGAUAUUAUGGUCUCAAUGAUUUCAAUCUGCGCUGGAUAGCUGACGCCAAUUGGACCUAUACGAGUGAGCCGCUUCGUGAUCUGCAAAAGGAUGCGAAGUCGUCAUGGUUGGUCUUUAACGGGCUGGAUACUUUUGCUACUGUCGACUUCUGCGGGCAGACUGUAGGCACCGCCGACAAUCAAUUCCGUCAAUGGAUCUUCGAUGUUUCCCAGAUUCUCGAGGACUGCAGAUCUGAUCCAGUUCUGUCAAUCAAUUUUGGGAGUGCUCCGAAUAUUGUGAACGCGAUUGCAAACGAUCCCAGCUCGGAAGUCUGGCCCGCGAGAAUCCAAGAAGCUCAGGUCUUUGAAUACCCCAACCGCUGGUUUAUGAGAAAGGAACAGUCAGACUUUGGAUGGGAUUGGGGGCCUGCCUUUGCCCCCGCCGGCCCAUGGCAACCAGCUUAUAUUGUGCAGCUUGAAAACGAACAAGCAAUAUACAUUACAAAUACAGACCUCGACACCUACCGAAAGGGCCAAAUAAACCAUCUGCCACCCGAUCAGAGUCAGCCAUGGGUCGUCAAUGCUAGUAUCGACUUUAUUGGAGAGGUCCCUUCCGAUGCCUUGAUGUCGGUCCUCGUGAGCGAUGCAAAGACUGGGGAAAUCUUGAUUACAGGAGAUAUGUUCGACGUAACCAUCUCAGAUGGCUCUAUCACUGGACAUACAGUCAUCGGCGCCCAUGUGCCAAAGCUUUGGUGGCCAAACGGUCUCGGCGACCAGAAUCUCUACAAUUUUGCGAUCUCGAUCAGCACUAAGGAGAGUCAGACGCUGGCAUCCAUCACGAAACGCACAGGGUUUCGUACUAUUUUCCUGAAUCGACUGAACAUCACUGAGGACCAAAUUGCCCUUGGGAUCGCUCCUGGAGCAAAUUGGCACUUCGAAGUGAACGGCCACGAAUUCUAUGCGAAGGGGUCCAACAUCAUCCCUCCUGAUACAUUUUGGCCACGAGUCACGGAAACCAAGAUGAGGAGACUGCUCAAAGCAGUUGUGGCGGGAAACCAGAACAUGCUUCGGGUUUGGGCGUCCGGUGCAUAUUUACCUGAUUUCAUUUAUGACAUUGCCGACGAGGAGGGGAUCUUCCUCUGGAGCGAAUUUCAAUUCGGCGAUGCCCUUUAUCCAGUCGAUAAGGCAUUUCUGGAGAAUGUUGCUGCGGAAGUCACAUACAAUGUCAGACGUGUCAACCACCAUCCUUCACUCGCCCUGUGGGCGGGUGGAAACGAAAUCGAGAGUCUGAUGCUUCCAGCAGUCAAGGCUGCAGAUCCCACCGCUUUUGUGAGCUUGAUCUUGCCUCUAGUCUACGAAAACACGAGAUCGAUCUCGUACAUGCCCAGCAGUACGAAUAACGGCUACUUGGGAGUCAACCUGUCUUCUCCCGUGCCGAUGGCUGAGCGAUACUGGAAUAUCACUCCAGGCAAAUAUUACGGUGAUACAGAUCAUUACAACUAUGACUCGAGCGUCGCUUUCGAUACCUCCUCGUACCCGGUCGGCCGCUUUGCCAAUGAGUUUGGAUACCAUAGCAUGCCCAGUGUACAGACCUGGCAACAGGCGCUUGACCCGCAAGACCUCUAUUUCAACAGCAGUGUCGUCAUGCUUCGCAACCACCAUUAUCCCAUGGGGGGUCUCAGUACGGAUAACCUCUCCAAAUCCGCCUUAGGCAUGGGCGAGAUGACGAGGUCCGUCGAACGGUACUAUCCCCUGCCUCGGCACUCUGACCGGAUUGCCAAUUUCAGUGCCUGGUGCCACGCCACACAGAUAUUCCAGGCCGACUUCUACAAGUCUCAGAUCCAAUUCUACCGCCGGGGCAGCGGGAUGCCAGAGCGCCAGCUCGGAGCUCUUUACUGGCAGCUGGAAGAUAUCUGGCAGGCUCCAUCGUGGGCGGGAAUCGAAUACGAUGGCCGGUGGAAGACUCUACAUUAUGUCGCUAAGGACAUCUAUCGACCGAUCAUUGUGUCGCCCUUCUGGAACCACAACACCAGCGUUCUAGAGAUCUACGCAACGUCAGACCUCUGGAAACCAGCCGCGGGGACGGUGAGAAUGACCUGGCUCGAUAUGGCGGGCAAACCUUUACCUGGAAACGCGGGGACACCGUCCGUGGUUGACUUUCAAGUCGGAGCAAUCAAUACGACGAGAAUCUACUCGACUCAUUUCGCCGAUCUUUCUCUGUCCAAUCUGACCAACUCGAUUCUAAUCCUAUCUCUGACUGCAACUGCCGAGAGAACAGAGUCAACUUUCUCACAUGAGAACUAUUUCACACCGAGCUUUCCCAAGGAUCUCGCUCUUCGAGACCCUCACCUCGAGCUCUCCUAUAGCAAGGAUACGGGCAAGUUCACUGUUAAAGCGACGUCUGGCGUGUCGCUGUAUACCUGGAUAGACUAUCCUGCCGGAAUAAUCGGUUACUUUGAGGAGAACUCCUUUGUCCUGCUUCCUGGUGAGUCUAGGGAAGUUGGCUUUGUGAUGCAGGAGAAUCCGUCUGGGGAGGACAGCUGGAUUAAGGGCGUGACAGUGCAAAGCUUGUGGGAUCAGGGGAAUUGA